AUGCCCGGGGCUGGGACCAAGCCCCCCCCACCGGGGGCCCCUCAAUACGCGCCGAUUCCACAUGGCAGCCAUCCUCAGCAUGGCCAUCCUCCGCAGGGCCAGCCGGCCGGGCCACCAGGCGGCAUGAUGGUCCACCCGGAUCAGCGUGGUGUUUCUGGCGCUCCUGGCGGUGCCUACUACGCCGCACAGCCUGGCGCCGGCCCGCGUCCAGGACAGCCUCACCAGUACAUCCAUCCUGCCGGCGCUGGAGGCCCGCAGGGUCCGCCAUCUGGAAGUGCGGCGCCUCCUGUCGCAGGGCAACACCCGCACCUGACCCAGCGGCCUCCCCCGGGACUUAUGCCGUCUGCUGGCCGACCGGCUGCCGGCUAUGAUCCACACUAUGCACAGGCUAGUGGCGGUGGCGGUGGCGGUGGCGGGGGCGGCGGUGGCCCUUCCGCCGCCGCUGCUGCCAUGGCACACCAGCAGCAAGCACAACAGCAUGCCAUGCAGCAGCAGCAUCAGCAACAGCAGCAGCAGCAGCAGCAGCAGCAACAGGCAAACAUGGAUCAGCUUCGCCGCCGGGGGUCUUUCUCCCACCCGGGCGUCCCUCCGGGACCCGGUGGCCCCGCUCCAGGACACCACCCGGCCCAUGCAUACUCGGGUACUCCGGCCAGCGCGCAGUAUGCCCACCGGCCGGAGCAUGGUGGCUCCUCGCCCAGUCCCCAGGCAGCUACCGGUGCGACCGCCAGCUACCCGUCCCACCAGCAUGUCCAUGCCCCGUCUCAUGGGCAACCGCAUGCCCAUUCUCACGCGCAGCAGCAAGCGCAGCAGCAAGCACAGCAGCAGGCGCAGCAGCAAGCGCAGCAGCAAGCGCAACAGCAACAGCAGCGUCCUGGCGUUUAUGGGCUGCCGGGCUCCGCUGACCCGAAGCAAGCACCGGUUCCCGCUGCUCGUGGCGCGUACAACCAGGCGCCGAGUGCUUUGGCCCCAGGUGCCACACGUCUCAACAACAACAGCCACAGCCCCAGGCGCAACCGCAGUCACAACAACAACAACAGCAGCAGCAGCAGCAGCAACACCCUCAGGGGCCUGGGGCAGGUGCAUCAGCUUCGGCGCCUGGACAAACACCACCAACACUAUCGGGCCAGUCGCCGCACCAUACCAUGCCCGCAGCUCCUGCCGGUGCCGUGCAAACCCGUCCUGCACACCCUGGACAACCGGGGCAGGCACAUUAUGGAGCACCCUCUCAGCCGCAUCGUCCCCAGCAACCAGGGCACCUGCAGCAGCCAGGGCAUCCGCAGCAGCCGGGCCAUUCCCAGCAGUCAAGCGCACAUCACAUGCCGCAGCAUUCCCACGUCCAAAUGCCCCAGAAGCAUGUUCAACACUCGCCGCACCAUCACCCAACGGCCCAAUCGCAGAAUCCGUCCCAGCCACAGUCCCAGUCGCAAUCUCAACCGCCGUCGCAACCGCCGCCACAGCCUCAAUCGCAGUCACAGCCUCGACCGGGCCAGCCCCCCUCGCAGGCUCCUCAUCACGCGCAUGCUGGCAUGGUUGGACAUGAGCACGCUCGGAGGUCCUCCAUCCAAAUGGACGACCAUGCAAUGGGGCACGCGGCCGCAGCCGCCGCUGCGACAGCCGCUGCUCAGGCCCAGGCCGCAUCGCAACGCCAGCCGCAGGUACAAAGCCAGGGCCAGCCACAGCGAAUGCCCAUGA